AUGGUUCUCCAGGUUCUUUCUGAGACGACUGCGGUUGUAGGUAAAUGCAUCCCCGAGGGACCCUGCACGGCCGGCAUCCACGAAUGUGAAAAUACCAUCACAGUCAACGACAGCAAGUGUGAUAACGGCCUUAACGAGUCCACUUCAUCCGUGCUUGGAGUGUUGAACGUAGUUGACGAUACGUGCCAGUCGAUCCUAUCCGAUGCUAGCCAGAUCAUAUUGAAUGUAGAGGUCCAUCGGGAGAAGGUCGCCAAGCGAGAAGCAAACGGGGUUUGUAAGCCCAAGCUGGCCAAAAAGCGCCAGCAGAAGAUUAUUCCGCCGAAACAUAUCGAGGUAGCGGUGUACACGGGACACAAGACGCUGAACAUGAAUUUGCUGGACAAGAUCGGGUGUGGGCCGAUGGAUUGCAGCGUCGGGCAGACGGAGUAUGGCCUGACGCCGAACGACUUACUGCUUGGUGGUGAUGUUCUCGCAAACGUCCCCGGAAACUCACCAAUUCGCAGUGCUAGUGGUCCAUCACCGUGGGCCAUGGGCAGUAGCAGUGCAACUCGAACCAGGUGGGGUGCCCCUGUGGACACGGUUGGCUUCUUCGAGAUAUCCACCCCGCGGCCACCCACAGCAUCGGAAUCCAAAGAGGACGCUGGAAGCAGACCCGGAAGUGGCCGUAGAGAGACGCUUCCUACAUGCUUAUCGCCUUCACUGACGACGACGACGACGACGCAGCACACGAACCGACCUAGAUCCUCUAGCUUAAACGGUAUCCAUGCCUUUGCGCUCAGCAACCAGGAAAACAUCUGUGCUGAUCAGGCGCAAUCAGCGCAAUGCUUCACCUUCGACGAAAGCCUGACUACAGCUGGCUCAAGAAGGGCAACCCUAUCUGCAACAGCAGCUAGCAGAAAACUAAGCAAGAGUGAGAAUGACAUCUAUUCAAAUUGGCCGCAGGUUCGCAAGGAAAGCCUCCAGCGAAUGGAAAUCGGGCCGACACCUCCUCCUCCGAUGAACCCGCCUCCCAAUGACUCAUACAUGAAUGUUCAACGUCGCAGCACCUUGACUGAGGAACAUUGUCCAUUACCACGGCUGCCACCAGCACCAUUGAGUAACACAGCGGAUUCAACAGAUGACGCCAUUCAGUAUGAGACGGUGAUGUGCGAUACGGUGAAACCGCUCGCCGAUGACAUGAGCCUUUCUCCGUCACCAGCACCGACGCCCGAGGUCGCCAAGAUCACAGAGACAGCCAAGCACCCCACCACGGCCUGGCCGACACAAGAGCCCAUUGAGUAUGAUGCACCGAUAGCAGACGUGAUGGAUAAUAACAUGCUGUUGCCGCCAUCCGUCAAAACCGAAUGA